AUGAGCACUGCACAAGACAAGCCUGAUGAGCCAACUGUCGUGUCUGCCCCGGGCAAGGUGCUUCUUUCUGGAGGCUACCUCGUAAUGGACCAAAAGUACUCUGGGUUGGUUGUCUCUACAUCUUCGCGCUUUUAUACUGUGAUAAGCACGGCGCGGCACCGUAAAGAAGGGAUCGUGACUGUGAGGUCGCCGCAGUUUAAAGAGACGGUCUGGGAAUACCACGUACGAUAUGACGAUAUUGCACGUGUCCGUCCGUCUGAGGAAACCCCGGGAAAUACUAAUCUCGUGAUAACUCCACUUAGCUUCUGUCUUCAACUCGCCGGUGAACUGAAGGGAUUAAAUCAUGUUAAGAAUGCCAUGGCACAUGGUCUUGAAAUUACUAUUGUCGGUGAAAAUGAUUUCUACUCACAGCGAGCAAAGCUCGCGGAACAUGGCCUGGAGCCACGCAUGUCCUCUUUAGCGCAAAUCCCUCCCUUUGCACAUACAGGUGUCCCGCUCUUUCAGGCUCACAAUACGGGACUCAGGUCAUCUGCAGCGCUCACGACAUCGCUUGUCGCUGCACUACUCCUUCAUCUCGAAGUUGUACCGGUAGUCUCCGGAGAUGAUGUCAGCGUGCAUAUACUGCACGCAGCAUCCCAAGUUGUUCACUCUGUAGCACAAAUGGAGUACGAAAGUGGAUUUAACGUUGCAGCUGCAGUAUUUGGAAGCCAUAAAUAUACACGCUUCAAUCUGGAAUGUUUAUCACCUUUUGCGCACGUGGGAGACACACCCCUGAGAGAUAGUUCCGAUCUUACGGUCGCUGGUGUACUAAAUAAGGCUUGGGACCAUAAAGUCGAGCCAUUCAAGCUUCCGCCUGGAAUUCGACUUAUGUUAGCGGAUGUCGACGCUGGGAGCAAGCCGCGUUGUCUAGCUAUGGAUGCUUGGGAAGUACUGAUGUGGCAACAAGAUUCAGAACCUGAAGUAGCCGCGCUCCGGGACGUACUCGCUGCAUCCAAUGAAGCAUUUGCAGCCGCGCUGCUGCACCUCUCUGAGCUGCAAUCAAAAUACGAAGAACGAUACAACCGAGCACUCGCCCAACUGACGCACCUUCCGGCUUCUCAAUGGCGUUCCACAGACGCAUCCGACAUCAUCAUCCAAACGUUCAUCAGUGUCCAUGAACUUGCUGAAGACAUCCGAGUAAAGAUGCGAGACAUGUGUACGCGAGCGUUUGUAUCUACUGAGCCACCGGAACAGAAGGCACUUCUCGAUUCUUGCAUCGCACAAGAAGGUGUCAUCGCCGGCGGAGGUGGAUAUGACGCAUUUUGGCUCCUCGUAUUCGAUCCACGCACCAAGGAUAUUACAGAUGCCGCGAACACGCCUCAAAGCCGUGUGGAACGUGUAUGGGCAGAGUGGAAGGACCUAGAUGUCUCUCCACUCUGCGCUACGGAGUCGUCUGGAGAGGGUCUGCGUCGCGAACGCGUAGAUUCUGUUCCCGGAUUAGCUGAAGUACUAGAACGUGCUGCGUAACGCAUAGCGAGUUGCGCUCUCGGAAGAAGGGACUUAUCACAAAUUUUAGCGACGUGUGCUACCAUUAGUUAUCAUCCUGAGCUAGUAGCUACGUAUUUUUGGUUUGUGUUCAGAAUAACAAAGAAUUAGAU